UAGCUUGCUAGCCGACUACAACACGUAACAUCCUCCUAAAGUUGGGUGGUUUACUCCCCGAGGCUAUAUAAACAAACGACAAGCGUGUUCGGGGCAAGCAGCCAGCCGGACCAGAAGUAUUCAGUUAGACGCCGCCACGCCAACCGUUGUACUCAGAACCACAACGGUGUAUAAAUUCAUGCCGGUGCGUCACUGAACAAUGAAUUUUUUCCUGGAAACCCUGCGAGUCAUCCUGUUGUCCAUCUGGUACAAUGUGGAGUCCUUCAUUUACUGCUUUGUACCCAAGAGACGGAAGAACAUAACUGGUGAGGUAGUUCUAAUCACAGGCUCGGGCAGCGGAAUCGGCCGUCUGAUGGCCCUGGAGUUUGCAAGCCUUAGCACCACUGUGGUAUUGUGGGACAUUAACCAGGAAGGCAUGAAAGAAACUGCCAGAUUGGCCAAGGAGAAAGGAGCCAUUCGAGUUCACUGCUAUCUUUGUGACUGUAGUGACAAAAAUGAAGUUUACAGGGUGGCUGACCAGGUAAAGCGGGAGGUGGGUGAUGUCAGCAUUUUGGUCAAUAAUGCCGGCAUCGUGACUGGAAAAAAGUUCAUGGAUGCUCCCGAUUCCCUUAUUGAAAAGACGAUGGAAGUCAACACAAUGGCACACUUCUGGACUUACAAGGCCUUCCUUCCUGCCAUGAUUGCAAACAAUCAUGGCCAUCUCGUCAGCAUUGCCAGCUCUGCGGGACUCAUAGGUGUCAAUGGAUUGGCAGACUACUGCGCCAGCAAGUUCGGAGCCGUCGGCUUUGCAGAAUCUGUGGGACUGGAACUCCUCGCCACUGGCAAAGACGGCAUCAAAACCACCAUUGUUUGUCCGUACUUCAUUAAUACCGGAAUGUUCGACGGAUGUCAAACUAAAUGGCCCCGACUGCUCCCGAUCCUCGACCCAAAUUACGUCGCAAAGAAGAUCAUCCACGCUGUACUCACGGACGAAGUCUUUCUUCUGUUGCCCAAGAGCAUGUACUACAUCGCUGCGCUCAAGAAUAUCCUCCCCAUGAAGCAAGGCAUUCUGCUUGGUCACUACUUGGGAGCCUUUAAUCUGAUGGAUACAUUUCAGGGAAGAAACAGAAAACGGGAUUAAUGGACACACGAGAUGGUAAAAAAGAGAAGGACGGCAGAAAUGAAAUGAUUGAAAGGGGACUAAAUCAUGAACUCAUUGGCUGCGAUUGACGAUUGCCAUUUGAGGGUUUUCAUAUUCGUGGUUCCAGAUGUGGUAAAAAUAAGUUUCACUGUGUAUACUGUAUCUAAUCCCUGGCAUAAUCUAGGUUUUAAACAAUAUAUGAUAUGUUUGCUUACUUAAUUUAAGUAAUUAUGUAUUGAGAAGAUUGAAAUGUCCAUUUGUUCUACUUUAUCAUUCCAAUGUCAAUGCAAAGGGUUAACGCUCAGGAACUCUUGACUUUAUUAACUCAUUGGCUGCUACAAUGGCAGCUCUAAUUUUAUACUUUUGCCAUUUUUAAUUUUGUCACGAUACGUUUUGUGCAUCUUGUCUAUUUAGACACAUGGGGCGAGUCAUGGGACGAUGCGUUCCAAAGAGGAUGCCUCGCAAGCUCGCUACGUACAGCGGUACCUCGAGAUGCGAAAGCUGAGGUACACGGAAAAUUCAUUCAACGCAAAGUUUUCUCUAGGCGUUUUCGCCUAAUAUUUCGAAAAAUAUCAUCAAAAAAACCUACGGAAGAUAAUACAAACUGUUAUAGGUCAUUCCCGCUCGCAGCCAUACAAUAAUAAGUGGGGCUGCAGCAGGGCCGGCCCAGGCCAUUUGGGGGCCCUAAGCAAAAUAAUGCAAAGGGGCCCAUAUUUUUGGCCCACCAGUUCGUCACAGUGUACAAUGAAACCCAUGCAUGCAAUCCAACCCAUACGUCCAUAUUUUUUAAGCUUGUAAUCUAGUAUCAAAACUCAAAAGUCAAAUAAAGCCAACUGCAGGAAACAAAAUAGAAUAUAAAUUAAACAAUUGCCAAAUUGGGGGCCUCCUAGUGGUCAGGGGCCCUAAGCAGCUGCAUAGUCUGCGUAUAGGCUGGGCCGGCUCUGGGCUGCAGCUAUUGAUUAUUUAAGUACCGUAUUGGCCCGAAUAUAAUACGGCCCUGAUUAUAAGACGACCCCCUCUUUUUCAAGACUCAAGUUUGAAAAAAGACUUUUUGAACACCAAAUUAAUUUUAUACAGAAAAUAAUUACAGUACAUUCAAAACAAAUGAUUAGAACAAUAUAUUUGAGAGAAAAAGCAUGUUAUUUUGCCUCAUUCAAAUCUUUUGAAUUUAAAUUUAAAUUCACAUUUAUAUUUACAUUUAAAUAUGUAAACUUAAGUGGAAUCACAUUUGUAAAUGAAUGACUUCUGGUUUUUGAACUGUAAAUAAACCAAUCUAUUGUGAUAAAACACCAAAAUUGCAAUGACUGCAUUAACCAUCAAAGUGAAGUCUAACUGUAACUGUAGUCUUGAAACAAAUCUGAAUGAGGAAAAACUUUGCAGUAAAAUAAUGCCAACUGGUUAAUUUUGAGAUAUCUGAGCUCUGUCAUGACAGAACAUCGCUUCAAUGAUAUCUGGCGCCAUCUAGCGUCGUGAAUGCGUAUAAUGUCUAGACCGCUAAUAUAAGACGACCCCCUCUUCUUCAAUCUUAUUUCAAUGCAAAAAAAACCGUCUUACAUUCGGGCCAAUACGGUAAUCGAUUAAUCUAUUACUUAGUUCGAAUAAUCAAGUAAUCAGAUUAUGACAUUUAAUGCAUAUUUAGGAUACGUAAAUAAUAUUUGGAUUGGCUUACUAAGAUUACUUUAAAAGGAGCAUUAAAUGUGAAUGCAAAAUAAAAUUCCUGAGUAUUUCUUCAAACUGUGCAGAAUUGCACUUUCAUUUCACAUCAGUCAAUGCAUUUAAAAAUAAAAAUACCUAACCUUAGCCUCAAACGACAUAAAAAUACAAAAAAAAAAAAUCUAAGUACAACAAAAGAACAAUUGGCUAAAUUGCAUUGCAAAAGUCUGCUAGCUUAAAUGCUAUAAAAUGCUAACUUUUUUUUUUUUUUUUUACAAUGCUCUUAACAAAUCAUUCAAACACAUAUGCCCACAAAUACCUGCUAAAUAUACUUCUAAACUAAAUAACGAAUGUUUAAACAAACAUCUUAGCGCAAACAAAAACAUACCUUAUGUUAGUCUUAACAGGGAGCAGCUGGAUUCAGCCAUGUAAGACGAGUUACGGCGUAUUCACUGUUUCCACUAGAGGGUGGUGUAUUCACCCAAAUCCAUCCAUCCAUCAUCUUCCGCUUGCUCUGGGGUCGGGUCGCGGGAGCAGCAGCUUUUACAGGGAAGCCCAGACUUGCCUCUCCCCAGCCACUUCAACCAGCUCCUCCGGCGGGAUCCCAAGGCGUUCCCAGGCCAGCCGAGAGACGUAGUCUAUCCAGGCUGUCCAUGCCGGUGGGACAUGCCCGGAACACCUCUACGGGGAGGCGUCCAGGAGGCAUCCGAACCAGAUGCCCGAGCCACCUCGGCUAUCUCCUCUCAAUGUGUAGGAGUAGCGGCUCAAUGCUGAGUCCCUCCCGGAUGACCGAGCUUCUCACCCUAUCUCAAAGUGAGUGCCCGGACACCGUGUGGAGGAAACUCGUUUCGGUUGUUUGUAUCCGGGAUCUUGUUCUUUCGGUCAUGACCCACAGCCCGUGACCAUAGGUGAGGGUAGGAACGUAGAUCGACUGCUAAAUCGAGAGCUUCGCCUUUCAGCUCCUUCUUCACCACUAUGGACCGGUGCAGAGUCCACAUUACUUCAGACGCUGCACAGAUUCGCCUGUCGAUCUCCCGCUCCCUCCGACCCUCACUCGUGAACAAGACCCCAAGAUACUUGAACUUCUCCACUUGGGGAAGGACCACCUUUUCCGACUGAGGACCAUGGUCUCGGAUUUGGAGGUGCUAGUCUUCAUCCCAACCGCUUCACACUAACCUGCGAACUGCUCCAGUGAGAGUUGGAGGUCACGGCUUGAUGAAGCCAACAGCACCACAUCAUGUGCAAAAAGCAGAGAUGCAAUGAUGAGGUCUCCAAACCGGACCCCCUCAACGCUUCGGCUGCACCUAGAAAUUCUGUCCAUAAAAAUUAUGAACAGAAUUGAUGAUGAACGCAGCCUUGGCGGAGUCCAACCCUCACUAGGAACGAAUUCGACUUACUGCCUGCAAUGCGGACCAAACUCUGACACCGGUCGUACAGGGACCGAACAGCCCUUACCAAGAGGCUCGGUACCCCGUACUCCUGGAGCACCCCCCACUGGACUCCCCGAGGCACACGAUCGAAUGCCUUCUCCAAAUGCACAAAGCACAUGUAGACUGGUUGGGCGAACUCCCAUGAACCCUCGAGGACCCUGCCGAGGGUGUAAAGCUGGUCUACGGUUCCAUGGCCGGGACGAAAACCACACUGCUCCUCCUGAAUCAGAGAUUCAACUUCCCGAGGGAACUUUCUCUCCAGCACCCCUGAGUAGACUUUACUGGAGAGGCUGAGGUGUGUGAUCCUUCUAUAAUUGGAACAUACUCUAAGGGGGGACCACCACCCUGGUCUGUCAAUCCAGAGGUACUGUCGCUGAUAUCCACGCAAUGUUGUAGAAGCGUGUCAGCCACGACAGCCCCACAACAUCCAGAGCCUUUAGGAAAUCCGGGUGGAUCUCAUCCACCCUCGGGGCCUUGCCACCAAGGAGCUUUCCAACCACCUCAGUUACUUCGACACCAGAGAUCGAAGAGCCCACCUCGGAGUCCCCAGGCUCACUAUACACAGUGUUAAUGGCGCACUGCUUUCCUUUCCUCAGACGCCAGAUGGUAGACCAGAAUUUCCUCGAAGCCGUCCGGAAGUCGUUUUUCAGGGCCUCGCCAAACUCCUCCCAUGUCCGAGUUUUUGCCUUGGCGAACGCCAGAGCUGCAGUCCGCUUGGCCAGCUGGUACCUGUCAGCUGCCUCUGGAGUCCCACUGGCCAAAAAGGCCUUGUAGGCCUCCUUCAGCUUGACGGCAUCCCUUACCGCUGGUGUCCACCAGCAGGUUCGGGGAUUGCCGUCACAACCUUAUGGCCACAGCUCCGACUGGCCGCCUCAACAAUGGAGGUGCGGAACAUGGCCCACUCGGACUCAAUGUCCCCAACCUCCCCCAGGAGAAGUUCUUUCGGAGGUGGGUGUUGAAGCUCGUUCCCAGCAGACCCUCACGAUACGUUUUGGCCUGUCAGGUCUGGCCAGCAUCUUCCCCCGCCAUUGGAGCCAAAACACCACCAGGUGGUGAUCAGUUGACAGUUCCGCCCCUCUCUUCACCCGAGUGUCCAAAACAUGCGACCGCAAGUCCAAUGACACGAUUACCACGUUGAUCAUCGAACUGCGGCCUAGGGUGUCCGGGUGCCAAGUGCACACAUGGACACCCCUAUGUUUGAACAUUCUGUUUGUUAUGGACAUACCGUGACGAGCACAGAAGUCCAAUAACAGAACACAACUCGGGUUCUGAUUGGGGGGGGGGGGGGGGCGUUCCUCCCACUCACGCCCCUCCAGGUCUUACUAUCAUUGCCCACCUAAAUCAAUAAAACUAAGUGCAACACUUUCAAAACAAACCAUUACAACGUCACUCUUUUUAAACGAAUCCUCGAAGCAGCAAAAUUUUGAUCCGAAGCUUUUCCUAGUCGAAUUACUCGAAUUAAUCGAUUAAUCGUUGCGGCACUAAAUUUAAGUACGUUUGACUAUAAAUGUAAACAAACAAAAUAUACACAGAACUGCAAUGGCUGCCAAAAUUAGCUCGUCUUUUAGCACUCCGUGUUUGCUAUGAGCUCGAGCAGUCAUGUUAUAACGUCUGUAGAAUAAACCAAACAAACUAGUUACGCUUAAGCGCCACUAGGGGGGCAAAAAGGCAUUACAAAUAAAUGCAGGCAAUCAGAGGGCAUGACAGCAAAUUUAAUGUGGCGUUUCGGAACAGACAAAUUCAAUUCGUAUCUUGAGGUACCUCUGUACUUUGUGGCUUUCCAUUUAAAGGUAUUUAGGAGAAUUUCUUAGCCCGGGUGCAAUUAAGCUACGAUUUCCUGGUAUAUCGUACAAUGUUUUUUGUAUCAUUCUCAGCUUUAUGAGCAUUCCUAUCAUUUCUUAAUCGUCCACUCAUAUUCACAUAUUGAUAAGCACAUACUUUUUUAAAACUCACUGAAUGUCUUCUUAAAAAUCGAGUAUGAUUUUUGUAUCCUCGCCUAUUUUCAAUGUAAUGACUGAGAUGGUGAUGCAAUAUAAGCAAAUAAUAUAAAUGACAGAUUAAGCAAGUGUACUUUAAGCAGAAAUCCGGCCUUUUAGCUGGAUCAUAUUUGUCAACAUUCAUUUCAAUAAAUACUUUCCAUUGGAAUGGGU